AUGAUCACAUCAGGUUCUUCGGUCAUAGACUGCUUUGGGGGCAGUAAUAAACUGGUGGGACAGGUGGACGAAGGCUAUGAAGGGGAUGUGGAGCUGGUGACGGACAUCCCAGCUGGAGUUGGAGUGAGGCUCGCUCCCUUCAUUUUCCCUGAUCACCUGGAAUAUCUGGAGCUGCGCUUCACACUCGGUGACACUGUUGCAACCGUCCACACCAAGAAGACGCUGGACGCCGACGCGCUGGCAGCGCGCCAGAACACUCGGACGCUAAAACUCAUAGACAUUAAUGACAACAGACCAGUUUUUACACAGAGGGAAUAUAGCACUCGUGUCUCUGAGGAUAGUGGAGGGUUAAAUGACACGGCUACUCUGCUGAUUACUGUGGUGGACUUUGAUAAUUUGAACCCCUUCUUCAUCCACAGCCAAUACCAGGCCUUUAUCCCAGAGAAUCAGGAUGGAUCUUUCCAUACGAUUCAGCCUGAGCCAAUCAAAGCUCAAGAUGGAGACACUGGCAUCAACAUGACUGUAACUUACAGCAUCAGUGCAGUGACUCCAGGAAAGUAUCAGAGCAACUUCCACAUGGACCCGAACAGCGGAGUUCUGUCUGUAGUAUCGGCCCUCGACAGGGAGGAGAUGAGCACCAACGCCAUCACUGUCAACAUCAAGGCAGCUCAGACUGAUGACAGUCUAAAGACGGGAGUUGCUGUGGUGACCGUCACUAUCGAGGACGUCAACGACAACCCCCCAGAGUUCGAUAAGUCUGAAUAUACCGUACAGCUUCUGGAAAACUCUCCUGUCAACACUGUAGUGCUCAAAGUCACCGUCAGUGACAGGGACCAGGGAGGAUUUGUGGGAACUCUGAGCAUCAGUCCAGAAUCUGUUCCGUUCUCCAUUGACUCCGAUGGGACGGUCCGAGUGAAGGACUCUGCAGCACUGGACAGAGAGACACUUGACGGCAUCGCAUUUUAUAUUCUAGCUAAUGAGACAGCUCCACCCUACUACACCACAGAGGCGUACGUCAGUGUUGAGCUCCUGGAUGAGAAUGACAACAGUCCUGUGUUUAACAGGAGCAAAUACGAGGGGAAAGUGUUUCCACCUCAGGAAGUUGGAAUGUCGCUGGUCCAGGUUAAAGCAGAAGACCCAGAUGCUGGCAUGAACGGGCAAAUCACUUACACUAUUGAAUUUGGGAAUGAGGACGGCUACUUCUUCCUGCACCCUGAGACCGGAGAGAUCACACUGGCUAAAAUAAUUCCCCUGGUUGAAAACUCAAUUCUGGAGUUCCCUCUCUAUGUAACAGCUACAGAUGGGGGCAUCAUACCCCGCUCCACCUCAGCACAGGUCCACAUUCAGGCCCCGGGUGACUCAAACCCACAGUUUUUACAAAAAGUCUUCCAUGGUACUGUCAUGGAAGAGCAGGACCCAGGAGUUUUUAUUAUUAAGGUUCAGUUCCUCUCAAUAGCUCCUGUGGUUCCUGUGGUGCUCCAAGUCGUGACAGAGAGUGAUAAGUUCGAGAUCUCUGACAGCGGUGAAAUGACCACAAAGACAAAACUGGACUACGACGAGGCUCCACAUAACUACUCGGUGUCCAUCUCCCUCUCUGACGGCAUGAACAGCGACACAGCCAUCGUGGAAGUCCAAGUCACUGACAUCAAUGACAACAGUCCAGUUUUUGAGUCCGGUUCUGUUGAAGCUUGGGUCCCAGAGGACGCAGAUGUAGGAUACAAUGUGACUGAUGUUCCAGCUACAGACAAAGACAGCGGCUUCAACAAGGAGGUCAGAUACUCCCUGAGAGGAGGGGAGGGCAGGUUUUCUGUCGAUCCUCUGACUGGGACGGUGAGUGUAGCGGCUGAUCUGGAUCGUGAGGCCAAAGCAGAGUACGAGCUGCAGGUGUUAGCUGAAGAUCAGGGUCGUCCAGUGCGCUCGGCCACGGCCAGUCUGCUGAUCCGCCUGACCGACGUCAACGAUAAUGUCCCAGAGUUCUCUAAGACUGAAUAUGACGUGGAAGUGCCAGAAAUGGCGUCAGUAGGGACCAGCCUGCUCACCUUAUCAGCUACGGACCCUGAUGAAGGUCUAAAUAGGAUAGUUAGUUACAGUAUUACUCAGCAGACACCCUCAUCAGACCCUCCUGUAUUUGAGGUGGACUCCUCCAGUGGGAUUCUGCGCCUGGUCCAGGCUCUGGACUACAGCAAGGUAAAUGAGUACCAUCUGAUGGUCCAGGCCUCUGACGGAGGGACUCCCUCUCUGACCGGGAACAGCUCUGUGGUGGUGAAGGUGAAGGAUGUGAACAACAACCCUCCUGUGUUCAGUAAAACCAACUAUGACGUGGCCGUGCCUGAGAACCUGGCCAGCGGUGCAUCCAUCCUGACUCUGGAGGUCACUGACAGAGAUGAGGUGACCUUCUACAGCUGUUACAACACGUUCAAGAACAGGCCUGGAGGAUUUUCCAAUGGUUACUUCCUCUUGGACAGUGAUACCUUUGACAUCAACAAACAGGGUGUGGUGUCUCUGAGGAAGGACAUCACUCUGGACAGAGAGACCAAGGACAGCUACAUAUUACAGGUCAUGGCGGUGGAUCAGCCAGUCGAUGGUCUAAAUGCCACAGCCCAGCUCAACAUCACUGUCCAGGACUACAACGACAACGCGCCACAGUUCCUCAUGAUCCCAGACCCGCUGCUGAUUGCCGAGGGCCAGUACUCAGAGGAAAAUCCAGGAGAAGUUUUCACCAUUCGGACCACAGACGCUGACCUUGGCCUCAACGGAGAGGUCACCCUGUCACUGGCCUCCCCUCACCCGGUCUUCAGAUUCAGAGAGGACGGGAUGCUGCUGGCUGUUGGUCCUCUGGAUCGAGAGAGCAGGGAAAUGUACGACCUGGUGGUUAAGGCUCUAGAUAAAGGCACUCCACAGAGAGAGAACUUCACCACCGUCAGAGUGAAAGUCACAGACAUCAACGACAACAGACCUGAGUUCAGCUCAAACAGGUACGUCAGUAGUGUCCUGCUGAAGGACGCUGAGGAUGGAAAGCUGCUGCUGACGCUCUCUGCCACCGACAAAGAUGCCGGGAACAACUCUGUCAUCACGUACAGCUUCAUUGCAGGUGAUUCUCCAUAUUUAGCCAUAAACAGCGAGACUGGUAAAGUGACGUUGACCUCUGACCUUGCUGACGUCACAGAGGACACCACAUUGGAUCUGACGGCGAUGGCGAAGGACAACGGCCAACCUCCUCUGAACUCCACAGCUCGUGUGGUCGUUAAUCUGAGGGUCCACAGCCUGACGGAGGGCGUGGCCUUCGCAAGCCCCUCCUACAACUUCAGCGUACCUGAGAACGAGGCGAAGGGUCUGACAGUAGGGAGGGUUGAAGCCUCAGCAGAAAGUGACCUUUACAGUGUCACCUACAAGCUGAGGACACACGUUGACCUGUUCUCCAUCGAUGCUGGCAGCGGGGUCAUUGUGACCGGAUCUGAGCUGGACCGGGAACAGCAGGAGUGGUUCAUCCUGGAUGUGGAGGCGGUGGAUAACCGUGUCCCCCCGAUGUCUGCCAUCGCAGUGGUCAGAGUUCAGGUGGAGGAUGUGAAUGAGGCUCCUCACUUUCCCUCUGAUCUUUACAAAGCCUCCAUCUUCAGCAUUGUGCCGUAUAAAACUCCCAUCAUGCACCUCAAGGCGUCAGAUCCUGACGUGGGUGAUGAGGCUCAUCUGGUCUACAGUCUGACGGCUGACAGUCCUUACGUGGAUGUGGAGCCGCAGUCGGGUCUACUGUACGUGGUCUCGGCGGUGGGAUUAGACGGACAGACGGUGGCCGUGGACGUCAGAGCCACGGACCCCCAAAAGCUGUACGCUACAGUCAAAGUGGAGGUGGAGGUUCUGGCGAGUGCGAGCAGCAGCGACAUAGUUUCCAUCACCCUCAACCAGCCGGCCAAUGUCGUGGAGAAGAAGAUCCCAGAGAUGCAGAAGUCUUUGGGUCAAGUGUUGGGCUGGACGGUGAACAUCGUCGACGUCUCCAGCGGAGGAGCCGCCGCAUCCCGAGCACUGAGACAGGACGUCAAAACUUUAGUCACUUUCUUCGCUGUGGACGAAGAUGAGGUGGUUUCAUCAGAGGAAGUCGUAAAUAAACUGGACAGCCACUCAGCUGCUGUCACGGCGGAGCUGGUCAAAGUGUUUGGGGAGGGGCUUCAAUAUGACCUUCAGGAGGAGCCUCUAAGCCCCCCCUCCAACAUGGGUGUGGUCAUCGCUCUGGGCGUCAUGUUGGGCCUGAGCAUCGUGGGAUUGAUAGUGACCGUCACCCUAAUCGUCAGGUUUAAGAGGAGUGAGAAACAUGCAGACUCAGACAAGGAGAGUUUCCACAUCAGCAAACACUCUGAAGGAUACACGUGA